AUGGUUGAUAGCAUCCGUCUUGCCGAAAUCCAGCCAUGCAACAACCCUUACCAAGAAGACCCUCAGCAACCCUUCAUUUCGCCUCUUUUCCUCACAGCCAACACAUCCUCCAUCAGCAACGACUCCAUAUCACCUCUACUUAAUACCUCGAAAGGCCCUACAUCCAGCAAACAUGUUCGGCCAAGCACACGACCAGACCAAGAAGGCGCGGAAGACCAUGGACGCGAUGGCGAAGGCCGGUCUCCCUCCCAGUUGAAAACUAACCUUGCCCCUGCAGAGGGCAAGCCAAGCCCGGAACCUGAAGCAGAGUCCUUGACGACGUCUAUGUCCAAGUACCUUCCGCGGAUACCACAUCGGCCAUCCAAGGAGGAGCUUCUCGCUGCUGCGACCAAUUUCCGACAGAGGCUCAAAGUCCGGUUUAAGUGGAUGUCUAUUCGGUCCAUGCGGCCGUGGAACGCCGAUGAAUGGGGUGCCUUCUUAUCCUGGGUUAUGCUGGGUCACCUGCUGUGGGUUCUGGUUGGAACGACGACUUUCUUCUCGCUCGUCAUCCUAUCUAUAAAUACCGUCCUAGCCCAAGAAACCCUGGCGCGAUGGAUCGGUGAUUACUUGACGCAGUCCGCCGGCAUCACCGUAAUCUUCGAGUCGGCUAUCGUCCCAAAGUGGGGAGACGGCGUCAUUUCCUUCCGCAACGUCUUCGUCUCACGCCGACCGGGACAGAGGGAGUCUUCUGUAAGCAAGGGGUCCACGGAUGCAGCGGCUGUUGCGGCAGCACGGGAAAAUGCCCACAACAACGACAAUGACGACUCGAUAUACGAGGAGGACGACGGCAACUACACGCAGUUUGAUGUGACCAUCGCCACGGUCAACGUGACGCUGUCGUCCCUCAAUUGGUGGAACGGCAAGGGCCUUCUCAAAGACGUCGAGGUCAAGGGCGUGCGUGGUGUCGUUGACCGGACAUCGGUGCACUGGCCAAAGGAGUGGAUCGACCCCUUCUCAUACCGUCACACUCAUCAGCCCGGAGACUUUGAAAUCGAGUCGUUCAAGCUCGAGGACCUGUUGUUGACGAUCCACCAGCCGUCCAACUUCCGGCCCUUCUCGGUGAGCAUCUACUCGUGCGAGCUGCCGCGCCUUCGCAAGCAGUGGCUAUUCUACGACUUCCUUUCAGCCAACCACAUGUCUGGCUCGUACGAUGGGUCUCUCUUCACCAUCCACCCGAAGCAGGUCCAUGGUACCGUCACGGGUUCUGGUGCAUCGCACGGCUUCGGCGAGGCCGACGCGUGGAAGAAGUUUAGCCGGCUGCGCAUCGACGGGCUGCAGAUUGACCAUCUAAACAACGGUGUCGAGGGCCCCUUUGGCUGGAUCUACGAGGGCAACGUCGACAUCGUGGCCGACAUUGCCUUACCUGCCGAGUCGGAUGAGAGCAUCACAAAGGUCGUGUCUGAUUUCUACGACCAACUAGAGGAGGUGGUGAUCGCCAAUCGCCACACAUUUGUCCGCAAGGUCAACAUCAACAGCAACAGCAACAUCAGCAACGACGACAGCGCCAACACCAGCGACAUAACAACACUAGACCUAGCGCGGUCUGGCCAUCUUUCCGAAGUAAUCGACGUUGAUGCCGAGUAUCAGCUGCAGCAUCAAUUGGAGCACGACCAACAGGAGCACGACCAGGAUGGGGAUGAAAAGGUCAAUGACCACGACCGCCGUUACCUCCUCAUGGACCUGAGGAUUCACCUAAACGACGUCAAGGCCGCAGUCCCCCUCUUCACAAAGGACCUCACCUACGUCAACCAGGCCCUCGUCCGCCCCAUUGUCGCCUACAUCAACGCCAAGAAGACGUACAUACCUAUCACAUGCCGCAUCGUCAAGCGCGCGAGCGACUUUGACGGCAGCUGGACGGUCCACGACUGCGGCCUGAUGAACGACAUGUCAGCCGCUACGUAUGACGCCUUUGCGCGAGACAUUGAGGACCAGCAGAGCCGAGUGCGCAGGUUCAAGAAGGUGGGGAUCUGGACACUGUCUCUUGCUAUUCAUGCUUUAUUCAUGGGAAUGGCAGGCAAUGUUGUCUAA